AGUUCUGCAGCCCAGGCUCCCCAGCAAACUCAGACCCCAGGAUCCCUCAGCCUUGCUCUGGACUGACCAUCUGUGCCCCUGGACAGAGCCACAGUCAGGACUGAAGAUGCCUCUCUUCUCCAGGAAGAAGAAACCCAGCGAAGAUGCUCGGAAGCGCCUUGAGUACCAAAUGUGCCUGGCAAAAGAAGCUGGUGCUGAUGACACCCUUGACAUAUCCAGAUGUGAGCUCUCAGAGGUUCCUUAUGGGGCCUUUGCAACUUGCAAGGUCUUGCAAAAAAAGGUGCUGAUUAUUCAUACAAAUAAUCUGACAUCUUUAGUUCCAAAGUCCUGCAGCCUCCUGAGUCUCAUAACUGUGAAGGUUCUGGACCUGCAUGACAACCAGCUGGCUUCACUUCCUGCUGAUAUUGGUCAGCUGACAGCUCUUCAGGUCCUAAACCUUGAAAGGAAUCUUUUAAAAAGCCUUCCACAAUCUAUAGGAGACCUUGCCCAGCUCCAGAUCCUCAAUGUGAAAGGGAACAAGCUGAGGGAGCUGCCCGGGAGUGUGAGCGGCCUGCGGAGCCUGCGGGCCCUGGAUGUCAGUGGGAACGAGCUGCAGGAGCUGCCCCGGGGGCUGGCCCACAUCCCCACCCUGCAGACAUUGACCCUGGAUGCCUGUGCCAUGACCUACCCACCCCCUGAGAUCUGCAGUGCAGGCACUGAGGCCAUCCAGCAGUUCCUCUGCAAGGAGUGUGGAAUUGCUUACUACCCUCCCUCCCAGUACGUGCUCCCCACACUGGAGAGUGAUGGAGGAGGAACUUCAGUGGAUGGGGUGGACAGGACAGUGGAGAAGUACCUGGAGGAGGAGAGCAAGUGGCAGAACAAAUUCUUAGAUUAUGAGAAGAGGAAGGAAAGGAAGGCGCAGGAGAAGCUGGAGUUCGAGCGGCGCCUCAACCUGGGGCAGCGGGAGCAGGCCCUGCUGCAGCAGCUCAGCAGCCACAAGGAUGAGAUCCUGCAGACAGUCAGAGAGGAGCAGCAGAGGCUGCAGCAGGGUCUGUCGAAGCACCAGCGCUAUUUGGAGGAGGAGAGGCUGAAGCUGCUGCAGCAGCUGAAGGACACAGAGCAGGGCACUGCCACUCGGAUCCAGAAGCUGCUGGAGGACAACCAGAGGCAAAAACGAAGUUCAGACAUUUUAAAAUCUUUGGAGAAUGAGAGGAUCAGGAUGGAACAGCUGAUGGCAAUAACCCAGGAGGAGACGGAGCAGCUGCGCAGGAGGGAAGUGGCCUCUGCCAUGCAGCAGAUGUUGGCUGAGACCUACAAGAACAAGCUCCUCCAAAUGACCUCCGAGUCUCGUCGGCAGGACCUCGUCAGCCAGGCCUGCUCCAGCCUAGCUGAGAUGGAUCAGAAGUUCCAGCAAAUCCUGGCUUGGCAGCAGCUGGAUCAGAACAAAGCUGUCAGUCAGAUCUUGCAGCAGAUUGAGAUGCAGAAAGCUGCCUUUGAAGCUCUCCAGGUGAAGAAGGAUCUUACGCACAGGCAGAUCAGGAACCAGAUUAAAUUAAUAGAAACAGAGUUAUUGCAGCUGACACAGCUGGAGCUAAAGAGGCAAGAACUGGACACAGAGACGCUGCAGGAGCUGGUCACGGAGCAGCGCCGCGCACUCAGCUGCCUCCUGCAGCAGCUGCUCAAGGAGAAGAAGCAAAGGGAGGAAGAACUGCAACAAAUCCUGCUGGAAAUGGAGGCAAAGAGUGAAACCAAACAGGAGAACUACUGGCUGAUCCAGUACCAGCGCCUGCUGAACCAGAAGCCCCUCUCCCUGAAGCUCCAGGAGAAGGGUUUGGAGCAGCAGCUGGUGACCCUGCUGCUGGAGCUCUCUGCUGACCAGUACGUGCCAGUCUUCGCUCACCACCGAAUAUCCCUGGAAAUGCUGGGCACCAUGAGUGCCAGUGACCUGGAAAAGCUCGGUGUGACAGAGGCUGGUCUGCAGCGUGCCAUCCUCAGCAGGGCUCAGGAGAUCCUGGCUGUGGCCACGACCAUCCCAGAGCUGAGGAGGGCAGAGGACAGCGAGGUCCCUGCGGCCCCAGAGCCCAGCGCUCCCCCGGAGGAGCCCCCGAGCCCCGCGGCCCCGGCGCUGCAGCGGGACGAGAAGAGGUCGGAGUGCGUUGUGUGCAUGGAGCAGGAGCCCCAGAUGAUUUUCCUGCCCUGUGGCCACGUCUGCUGCUGCCAGCGCUGCUGCGAGCGGCUGCACUCGUGUCCGCUGUGCCGCCAGGACAUCGCCCAGCGCAUCCGCAUCUUCCGCAGCGCCUAGCCCGGCCCGGGAGGCACGGCCCCGCUCCCGGCCCCGCGCCCGGGCUGCUCCUGCCCUGCUCGCAGCCCCCGCCGCACAGCAGCGCUGCGCUCCCCGUGCCCUGCCCCCGGCAGCCUCAGCAUCCUCCCCGCUGCCAGCUGGGGCUGCCUCAGCGGAUCCCUCCCUGCUGC